AUGAAAGUCAACACAUUCUCGAUUCUCUCCCUGAUACUCCUUAGAUGUACACGCAUUGCGUCGGCACACUGCGGUAAUUUGGGAAGCACGGCCGUAGACAAUGCGCAUGAUGCUUGCGUUGUGAAUGGCGACGUCGAUGGCAGUCCUUUAAUUACCCCAAAAGAAAAUGCGAAUGAAAGCAGUAACACGAUUAGCAGAGUUCCCGUAGUAGAAGCAGUUGGCUGGAAUGCGGAUAUAUUAGGAGGAUUUUUAGGAGGCUGUUUGACAACUUUCUUCGUAACGAUUGGUGACGCGAUCGUUGACGCUGUAACAGGUUGUGUUCGCAAAAAGAAACUCAAGUUGCAAAAAGAGGAAAGAAAGGAAAAAGAGCUAGAAAUGAAGGCUAAAGAAAAAGCAAAGCAAGAAAAAGAGAAGGCAAGGGAAGAGGCAAAAUUGGUUAAAGAAAAGGCUGUAGAGGUGGUUAAAGAAAAAGCCGUCGGGGUGUCUAAAGAAAAGGCCGUAGGGGUGUCUAAAGAAAAAGCAAAGGAAGGGCAACAGAAGGCUAAAGAAAAGCCUAAAGACGAAACAAAAACUGAAGAUGACUCUACAGAAAUGGGAAAAGCUAAGCCUAAAAAGGAAGUGAAAGAUCCAGCAAAGGACGUUAGGAAGGUGGAAAAAGAAAGGGUCAAGCCGAAAAAGAUAGUGAAGAAACCGAGUGAGGAACCAAAACCUAGCGCUGAAAUUGUAUCGCUCGACCUGAUACCCUAA